AUGCUCCUCGCCAUCCAAGCCUCAACCACGCCCAUCCUCAUUCCUCCCUCUAGCCUCGCAACCACCAUCGAAUCUCCUACUGGCGCAGUCCGCACCUACUACCAAGCCUUCGACAGUUCCAUUAUCGAACUUCGUCUCAAUUUCCCCACGAGCUCUGGCUAUACCAGAUUAGUUCUGAUUCCUGCUGGUGCUGCGAAGCCUGAUACUCGGCUUGCUGCUGUUUCUUGGGGAUCGUUUGAUGAUAUCAACCUCUACUACAUCAGCAGCGCCUACAACUCCACACUCCUCUGUGAAAAGAUCUGGAACUCAGAUAUUACAGGAUGA